GGCUACAGACGGAAAAGGAGCUGAACCCGCAGCAUACAGCCCACCUAGAGCAGCGCUUGAGCGCGGUGCAGGAGGAGCACCUGCAGGAACUGAAGGCCAUACAGCUCGAGUUAUUGAUGUCGCGCCAGCGGCUCAGCAAGGUACAGGAGGCCGAAGAAAAGGCCAAGGAAGACGUACAGAGACUGAGCUCCGCACUCGAGAUGGCAACAGCAACCAAGACAGAUGCAGCAAUUGCAGUAGAACAACUGAGGACAACAAAACAGAAAAUGAAUCUUAGACUUCAGGAGCUAAAGGAGCAGCUGUCUAAGGAGGCAAGUCAACGGCAGUCCUUGGAGAAAUCCCAAGUAACCAUGCUGCGUCAUGUGCAGGAUAUGGAAAGGACUGUGGAGGCAGAACGGAAACAGGUGCAGCUGUUGCAGCAGGACUGCCAUGGUCUGCACCAGGAGGUCCAGCUGGCCCGAGAGAAGCUACAGAAGGAGAAAGAGAGAACUAUACAACUGGAGCAGGAGUGUACACAGUUGAAAGCUGAGUUGGAAUCCAAAAAUUGCAUCAUUUCCCAACUGACUGAAGAAGCAAAAAAUGCACAGGUCUCUUUCAGCAGAGAGAACAAGGAGAAUAUGCAGUUGCAUUCUGAAAUAACUGUCCUGCGAGAGACAGCUGAAAAAGUACAGACCCUGAAUGAUCAGUUAAACCAACAGUGUUCAGAGCUGAGUGCUACACUCCGAAGUGUUUCCAUGGAGAAUGUUAAACUUGUUUCAGACCAUCAAGCUAUGCUUAAGUUGGAAAUGGGUGCUAUGAGAUCCACUUUGCAGACAUUAGAGGAAGAAAACAUGAGGUUAAUGGGCCGUUUAGCUGCACUGGAACACCAGCAGCAUGCCCAGCAGCACGUAGAACAGAUUCUAGCAGAACUGACUGAUAGUAAGAAUAAACUUGCCUACGACAAAGGAAAGCUUCAGACCAAAGUCCAGGAGCUGGAAAAAGAAUUGCAAUCUCUUGCAGAUGCACACUUAGAGAAUAGCCAGCUUCGCAAGCUGAAUACAGCAUUGGAGACCAAAUAUACUCAGGUGAACACAGAACUUAAUUCUGUCAGGAUUAACAUGCAAAGGAUUGAAGCUCAGCUGAAGCAGAAUUUGCUCUAUUCUUUCUGGUUUGUAAAGGCACAGACUGUUUUUGAACAUAAGGAAGAUGACUUCGCUCUGGCAGUCAAAUCCCGAGAUGAAGCCUUACGAGAGUGUCAGAAGAUCAAGGGACAGAUGGAAGCCAUGGAAGAGAGAGAGAGACAUAAGGUGGCAAAUUUACAGCACCAAUUAAACGAAGCAAAGGAGGCUAAUGACAAAGUGACAACCAUACUGGAGAACGUGUUGGUUUCUCAUAGCAAGAUGCAGGCAGCUCUGGAGAAGGUACAGACCGAGCUGGGAUGCAAGGAUUCUGAGAUCACCAGCCUCAGGAAAGAUAGAACCCAAAGCCAACAGAAAAUACAGAGAUUAGAAGCAGAAUUGGAGCAGUGCCAGGCCAAACUGGUUUUCAUAGAAACCCAGCACAAUAACCAGGUGGGGCCACUUCGUAAAGCACUAGAAGUUGCAAGAGUUGACAACAAGAAACUUGCCCUUAGUUUGGAACAAACUUUGCAAACCAACAGUACCCUGCAGAGCAAGCUGACCCAGACCCAGGGUGAAUUGGACGGCAAAGAAAUUGAGCAUCAAAAGCUGAUCAUUUGCAGGCAGCAGCUGAUUGAGGAAGCCAAGACUGGGGAAAAGUUGUAUUCUGAACGCUUGGAGUCUUUGAGGAAGCAAUUUCAGACCGAGCGAGAAGCUACCAAGAAGGCAGCCCACAGAGAAUCAAUUGAGCUGAAGAAAGCUCUUGUUGAAGCUUCCUCCAAAUCUGCUGAAGUGUCUCGGAUGAACAAGGAGCUGCGGCAGAAGGUAACGGAGUUGGAAAAAUCCCUGGACAAUUACAGGGAGAAGCUGAAGAGCCAGAAAGCUCAAAUCAGACACCUUUUGGCCUCCAAGGCCAACAACGCCCAGAACACAGAAAGGAUAAAGGAGAUUGAAUCUGAACUGAGGCAAAUGGAGGUGAUCAAACAGCAGUAUCAAAAGAAAAAUUAUGAACAGUCACAGAGCAUCCAGAAAUUUAUGACAGAGUUAACAGGUUUGCAGAGUGAGAUGCAGAUGUUAGCCAACAACCAGUAUGAAGUAGAAACACAAAACAGACAGCUGGAGACCCAACUGGAAUUAGAGCGGAAACUGCGACAGCAGCUAGAGGACCAAUGUCAGAGCCUGGAAGAAACAGUCAAACACCUGAAGAAAUGCAAAGAGGAAACUGAGAAGAAACUGAAAGAAGCCAGUGUAGAGUCAGAACAGAUCACAGCUAACCUGGAGGAAGCUCAUCGCUGGUUCAAAUUUAAGUUUGACAGACUGCAGCUAGAGCCAGUAAAAAACCAUCAGCUGAAGAUCCCUAAUGAAAAUAGUUAUGGAAAGGAGGCAGAGAAGGAAGAAGCAAUGAAACUUCCUAGCCAAGCCUCCCUGAAUCGCUGGGAGACCAAACAGCAGCUCAAACUAAUUGCCAGGAAGUAUCAGCCUGAGCUGGACAGAAAGUGAUGUCAUCUGACCCAUCUGAUCCAGCCUAAUCUACCACCUGUGAACAGCAUAGUUUCUGGCCAGAACAUCACAUUCUGGCAGCAGAUGUACUCAGGGUAAUCCUAAGCCUAAAGCACCUUAACAUACAAGUAACUGCAUAUUUAUGGAGAAGACUUUUUGAAUGAACAUAAACAGAGGCCUUGUCACCUCUGCAUUUGAAGGGGGCCCUGCAAUUAAAAUAGAUAUUGACUUGCUAGUUAGUGCACCAGUGCACAGACAGGUUUUUGUAUACUUAAUAGUGUUAUAUUUAAAUCAUAUAUUUUACUUCUGAUUAACGUGUAAGUCUCGGCUAUCCAGUACUACUGAGACAUCUCAUUGUUUGAGACCCAAAUUACCAUUUUCCCUUUUUUUAAAAUGAUGGAACUAAGAUUAGCAAAAGCUAUUUAUAGCAAAGAUAUUCCUCUCUCUAAAGCAGCUGUAUAGGAAGCUUUAUCUCCCAGCCUUCAUUUGAGUUUUGGCAGCUUAGAAUUAGGCCUGGGUUUGUGAUGCAAGCAGGUGUUAGCAAUACUUUAAUUGAGAACCCAGAAUGCUCUAAAGAGGAUUUAGCCUCUUUGGAAUGGUCUGUAACAUUCAUGGGUUAGCAAUAGUAAAACUUCCUGAGCCAAGGCAGGAGUGUGUCCAUUGUUGGGUGUUUAUGAUUCGUGGGAUCAGUUCUCAGCUGAUAAAAAUGACUCUUUACUGCUGCCAACAGCAGCUCUGAGUCUAGGCAGUGAGGAAACAGAGUUGUCAUCCCAUUAUAGAACCCUACCUGUCUGCAAGGUGCAUGGGAGGGGAGCAUGUUAUGUAAUCAGGACCAGUGUGAUUAACGUAACUGAUUCAGCCCGUCCCACUUUGGACAAAAAAAGUCUUAAUUUUUAUAUCUCAAAGGAAAGAAGGUUUAAAUCCUAACUUACCACCUAUUCUGAAUUCUGUCUUCUGCUUUGGAUGGCUCCUUUGUUUCACUGCUCAGCUGAUAAUCACUGACAACCAUCCUACUCCUCUGGCUGGACUUUACAGCAUAACCCAGCGUAACAAGAUGCAUGCUGUGACAGCCCUAACUUCUUACAAACUAUCACAGUGCUGCCAGCAUCUGACCAUGUGGUGUUCUUUUGCUUCUGCAGAGCCUGCAUUGAGAGACUUUGCCUUCCUGAAGGAUCAGGUCAGGGGCCAAGCAUAGUUGGUGCCUAGUUAAUGCUACCCCAGCCUGCUUAUAAACCUGCACUUGUACCACAUGGACUUUAAAUGACAAUAGCUUGCUCCACUUAAGUUAAAGAAUGAUGCUUGUUAACUUCAAGUGGACUGCCUCAAAAAACCCUAAAAUCUCGUUAAUACCACUUUGACUCUUCCCCUCCCUAGAUGCCAUUAAGGUGAAGAGAUGCCAUACAAUUCACAUCUCCUCCCUGUAUUUAAUUGGAUAAAUUGGGAUCAAUCUUGCUUAUCCACCUUGUAGCAAUGCAUCAGUAGCAAAGCUGCAACUAACUCCUGCUUCUCAUAGCACCAGACUAUAAAGCAGUCUUAGCCUGAAACCAACCAAGGAAUAUUGCUUGCUGCCUUAUCUUUUUCUAUAAGUUAGAUGUAUUUCAUUAGAAAAUUCAUUUUUAAUUAUAAAUCACUGUGACCUUUCUCUGUAAAGGGUAGAAAACGCUCUUCUCUCAGAAGCCCAGCAAAAGGCACAAGUAGAAAUGGUUCACUGGGUGGGGAGAAACUGUGCCAGAUUCUGGCAUCCAGUUUCUUUCAGCAGUUGUUGCUGAUCCAUUUGUUUAGUACAUUUUCCAUGUCAAGCUUCGUGCUGUUCCUUUUCAGCUACAGGUCUCUGGAGUGCUGUGUGUACAGUUGCUGUGUGUAGAUAUAAGUGUAAUCCAACCCUGUAGUUUCAAUAGCCAUUAAAUUUUCUUUAAUUUUCUAUAAAAAGUUGCAACUUGGGUCAUUCUGUUCUAUGCUUCAGGCCUCCUAUUACUGCUUAUAACU